CUCUGACAGGAUUACACGAGUUUCCUCAAUUGAACACAGUGAAGUCAAACGCUCGGACAUCCCGCUGGAGACUCUGGUGCUUUUGACUGAAAAAAAGAAGAAGAAGAAAAGUCGACCACAGUUACUUCUCUACGAGUAGAUGUAAAGCGACAGCGGGACCCGGGGUUAAAUGUUUGCUGUGCUGUUGGGCUCUGCUGCCGCCGCUCGCCCUGCAGCCUGCAACACUAAUGACUAAUGUGGUUUCUUAACACACGCCCGCAUUUCAGUGAAGCUGCCCGUCAAUUUACUAUAGUUUAGGCUACAAGUCGUCAUGAUGACUCGGAUUUUCUGGGAUACAUUUUUUCUCAUAAGCGGUACUUUUAGUAUGUCUGUGGUACUCAAUGGUUCCCUUUUUACAUUUGGAGCAGGGCCAAGCAAUUCCACAAUUAUUGAAGCCAGCAUUUCCAUUGAUACAAACUCCAGUGCUGCUCUGAACACCUCAACAAGCAGCUCUGCAACAAGAAGCACAACUACCACAACUAUUGCAACUACAACUAACGUCCCUCCAGUUAAAAAGUUUGUGGCAGCGGCUGUUCGGUCUCAUUUUGAUGACUGUCCAGACUCCCACCGCCAUUUCUGCUUCCACGGCACAUGCCGCUUCCUGAUAUUAGAGGAGACACCUGCAUGUGUGUGUCAUCCAGGCUUUGUUGGGAUGAGGUGUGAGCAUGCAGACUUGCUUGCUGUAGUAGCAACUAAUCACAGACAACAGACCGUUGCCACAGUGCUGGUGUUGUGUGUGAUUGGGUGUGUUCUCAUCAUGGUGUUGUGUACACUUUUACAUUGCUGGUGGAGGCAGGACUGUCGCAGGCAGAGCCACACACAUCAAUACGUCCCAGAGAAGCACGGAGCAUCCUGCUAUCCUUCUGAGAGUGUGGUUUGAGAAGACAUCUUGCUGGAACAUGAGCUGUUUGCAUCACGCCGUGUUUAGUUUACCUCAUCUGUCCGGCCCACAAACCCUCAGGGUUACAUCCAAAGUGGUUUUCACAUGUUCUGGUCAAGCAGACCUGGCCAGAGCUGAAGAAGCAUUAUUGUCAGUGUGGCUAAGGUAGGCCUGCUGGAUGUGGGAGGUUAAAUGUUCCAUGACAUUGCCUAGGAACACGUUUGCAUUACUCUUUGAUUCUGUGGAAAUACAACAGUCUGUUUGAAGCUCCGAGGAUGAAGCUGCUGCCAAAUCCUACAUGGGAAGAGCUCUGUGUGUCCUGAUUACUGUUUAUGGCUGGCCUAGAGGACAUGAGAAAUGACCUGCAAGGCCAUUAAUCAUCCUGCGUUGAUGUUGAAUAGGAACAGUGUUUAUUUUGGGCUGCGGGACAACAAUAAUUCAUUUACUUAAGUCAGAAAACCCCAAUUCCUAUUUUUGUCUUUUAAUAACUUCGCGCACUUUUCAUCCGAACUCUACAAGCACAGAGGACAUUUUUAAGAAAUGAUGGUGGGGGAAAACUGAUGCUUUAAACAAGUUUUAGUGUCUGUUUUUAAAGAAGGAACUCACUUCACUUGAUAGGAGUAGGAAUUGUUAAAUGGACUGACUGCUGAUGGAUUAAAAACCCUGGAAAACUUCAAUCAGUAAUUAUAAACAAAACUUAAAAUUGUUCCAAUAUGUUUUUUUAAAUAUGAUUUGGAGAAAGAAAUCAUCCAGGUAUUUUUUUUUUUUUUCAAAUGAUUUGAUGACUCCAGUAUUGCUACUGAAGCUGAAAUAUUUGUCAGUUUUAUUUUUUAUUCCUGAGCUGUACUUGGACAUGUUAAUGCAUCAGAGGUUUUUGAUUUGCAAGCUAUAACUGUAACGCCACAUGCACACCCUGGGAGGCCACGUUAUCCCAUGGUCCUAUUUUACUGUUGCACUUUUCUGCAAGCUUGCUGUUCCUAAAAAAACAAACAAACUGCAGUUACUGUACUUGAAAAAGUGUCCACAUAAUGAGAGAUGCCAAAUACACUUGUUUCUAACUUUGCCUGAAAGAGCACUGAAGGGAAGAGGCACACAGUUUGUACACAUCCACCUAAGCAUGCAUGCACUUAAAUCACAGCUUGUAUUUUUUAAAGAAACAACACAAAACACUUUUUUUAUUUCAAGAGUGGUGUGUUAUAGCAUUGCCUAUGCUUUAAAUGUAAAUACUUUUUAAAGAGAGAAAAAGCCUCUGAAGGUUAAUUUAAAACACAAUAUUUAAGACUUUCUUAAAAAAACUGGAAUAAUAAGUGGUGAAGGAAUACAAAAUAAUGAUUAGAAACUGAUAUAAAGUGUGUAUGUGCUUUGUGUGAUAAGAUGGGGAGGAAAAAAACCCAUCCACCAUAAAAUGAAUGUGAUGGUAUUUAUAUGCCAGAAGACUCUGAGGGGAUGAUACGCUUGUCUUUGUUUACAGUAUGUGAUGAUAUUUACAUUCAGAAUAUGUGUUAAUAUUUGUUAUUACAGCAUUUCAUGUGUAAAUAUCAAAACCACAGAAAUAUUCAAUGUGUAUAUAUACGGUGUCAAUACAAAAUCAUCUGAAGAGGGUGAUUUUUCUCAUGCAUUAACCCUUUGUCAGAUUUAUGUUGUCACAAUUGGGAAGCCUCUAUUAUAUGCGUUUUCCAAUGAAGAAUAAAAAAAAAAAAUGCAAA